GUUCCGUGUGUUGUCGCUGGCACGGACGGGCCGGGAGGAUUGAGGUUGUCUUUAUUUGAAUUAUUCUACUGAAAUAUCCAAGUAUGCAGGACCUUCCAAUUGACAUCCACACCAACAAGCUGAUGGACUGGCUGGUGUCUCGUCGACACUGCGAGAAGAACUGGCAGGAGUCAGUGCUGAAGAUUCGUGAGAAGAUCAACCAUGCCAUUCAGGACAUGCCAGAGCAUCCUGAGAUUGUCAAGCUGCUGUCGGGCGCCCACAUCAACUACUACCAUUGCUUGAAGAUAAUUGAAAUCCUCAAAGAGACAGAAAAAGACAGCAAAAAUUUAUUUGGAUUCUAUGGAUCCCAACGGAUGAAAGAUUGGCAAGAGGUGGUGAAGAUGUACGUCAACAAAAACGUGGGCCUGGCGGAGGCAUCCCAGGCUCUGGUUAGGAAUGUCAACUACGAAAUACCGGGCAUCAAGAAGCAGAUCGCCAAGCUGGAGCAGGCACAGACGGACUGCGACAAGCGGGAACAGGACUACAUCCGCAACGCCAAGUCAAUGCGCGACCAGUACGACGCCUCCUGCCGGCAACUGGGUCUGCAGGGCCACAAGCUGAAGACAGAGAUCCUGCACUUGCUGGACGAGCUGCCACAGGUGUAUGCCCAGGUGGUGGAGAAGGCGCAGGCGCUACGGGAACCCAUCGCCUAUUACAGGGCGUUCGUCAAGUUCGUGAACCCUUCCGUCGCCGACGACCAGCUCCUGCCCACGCUUCACUACUUCGUCGAGAACGGCGACGUCACGACGUACCAGUGGCGGUACGGCGAGCCGCCGCUGCGCGUGGAGCCGCCGCCAGCCGCCGUCGACCCGACCGACGAGGCGGCGGGCGCCGACGACGACCAGAUCGACUUCGGUGACGACGGCGGGAUAGACUUCGGCGACUCGGCCGAGAUAGACUUCGGUGACGAUGCUGCCGGAGGUGAUGCCGGAGGCGACAUCGACUGGGGCGGUAUCGAGGUGGAGGAGGGCUCUGAGGUCCCCGCGCAGGAGCCGGUGGACCUGACCGCGGUGGAGGUGGCCGGCAUCACGGUGGAGCACAGCGGCCUGGAGGGCGGCGUGGCGCGUGACACCGAGGCGCUCUCCCUGCUGGACAACCCGCACACGCGCACCGUCAUUGUCAACGAGCUCAUGGAGCUGGAGACGUUCCUGAUGCAGCGGGCGGUGGAGAUGUCGGACAGCCGUGAGGACGGCAUGGUCAGCAUGAGCCAGAUGCAGGGCGCACCGCAGUCGGUGCAGCUGCAGACGGCCGACGCCGUGCGGGUCAUGCAGUCGGAGACCCGCCAGGUGCUGGACAGCCUGCGCACGGUCAAGCUGCAGCACCUGUUCCUCGUCAAGUCCUCGCCCAGGUAUGGAAGGCGCGAGACCCUGUGUUGA